AUGCUUAACCAGUUACGGAAGAAACAGCUGGAAAAGUUGAAAGAUUCGAAGGUUAAUGCUGCUCGUAAAGAUGGGUGCCGGGAAAACCAGCAAAAAGUGCCGUUGACAUUGGCAGAAUCAGAAAUCGCUUCCUACUACAAAAGCGAAAACGAUACUGCGCGUAUUGCUGUAAGAACAGAGGAUCUCGAUCCUUCCGUGGACGAUUACUGGAAAGAGCAAGACACUUUGGGCUCAGAAGAUGAUUUAAAUGCUAAUGAGUUCAUGGAUUUGUUCCCAGUUGCGUUGCCGUCGCCUCCAAGAGAACUUCUGGAAUCGCUGCAAGAAGACGCUUUCCUAGAUGAUAACCAUACCACUUAUGAACCUCAUUCAAAGGAUUGUCCUCAAUCGCCCACAAUGCCAGGCAUCUUCAUGGAUUCUUUUCAAUCUUCACCCUCACAAUUCCCAAACGUUUCUUUAUGGGAUAAGAAAAAAAGGACAGGCGUAUCAUUUGCAAAUGUGAAUGAAACCACAAGCCUACACGGUCGCACGAGAAAAAUGACUGAGCGAGCAGUGGAACUAUUGCAAAAUCACAAAGAUCGUGAGAAGUUGAAACGCAAAGUUGAUGCGGUGGAAACGGAAGCCAGCGAACAAUGGUGUUUCUGUAGAGAGGGUUCCAGUGGAAGCAUGAUUUGUUGUGAUGAUCCUGAGUGUAAGUACCAGUGGUUUCAUUUCGAAUGUGUUGGUUUAACAGUUGAGCCAAAGGGACAGUGGUUUUGUUCUGAGUGUUCUGGAAAGUGGCACUAA